AUACAGAUGAAACAUGCCCAUCCUUCACCAGACUGAGCUUCCACAGUGCCGUGGUAGGCACAGGACUAAGUGUGAGACUGAUGCUCUACACACAGAGAGACCAGACCUGUGCACAAGUCAUCAACUCCACAGCUCUGGGGAGCUUAAAUGUGACCAAGAAAACCACUUUUAUAAUCCACGGUUUCCGGCCAACAGGCUCCCCUCCGGUUUGGAUGGAGGAGCUGGUACAGAGUUUGAUCAGUGUACAAGAGAUGAAUGUGGUGGUUGUUGAUUGGAACCGAGGGGCGACGACUGUGAUCUACCCCCACGCUUCUAGCAAGACCAGAAAAGUAGCUCUUAUUUUGAAGGAAUUUAUCGACCAGAUGUUGGCCAAAGGAGCGUCUCUGGACAACAUUUACAUGAUUGGAGUAAGCCUAGGAGCCCACAUAUCUGGAUUUGUUGGAGAGAUGUAUGAUGGGAAGCUGGGGAGAAUCACAGGUCUUGACCCUGCAGGCCCUUUAUUCAACGGGAGACCUCCUGAGGACAGAUUAGAUCCCAGCGAUGCACAGUUCGUGGACGUCAUCCACUCCGACACCGACGCACUCGGCUACAAGGAAGCCCUAGGACACAUAGAUUUCUACCCGAAUGGAGGACUGGAUCAGCCCGGGUGCCCCAAGACAAUAUUUGGAG